UUGUUGUCUCAGUAUUACUGUGCCAAUCCCUUUUCCUUGACAAAUUUUAAAAAUUAGUCGGAGGCAAAAAUCGCGUCAUUCCAAAAUCCUUCAGGGAUCGCUCUGUUCAUUUUCCGGACUACUCACAAUCCAGUAAUAGCCAACCCCACUCCUUCGAUACCAUCACAAGCCAUGGCCCAUGGCUCCUAACGCCGCUCCACCAGGUGCCGCCUUGCCCCCGAACAAGACGAAAAAGAGAAAAGAUCUGCAUUCGACCCGGAGCAAGAAGAAAAAGGCUCGUACGGCGUUCCAAGCACCUGCACUCCAAGACGAAGACGGCCUCUACAUACCUGUCUUGACCGACGUUGCCAAAUUGAUCCAAGUGGAUUUGUUCCUGGGCAACCGUGUGUGUGUUGUGCAUGCCUUGCAGCGUUUGAAUGAUCUCUUUCCUUUUGAGGAGCACAGGAAGACUGGCCUGGACAUGGGCGCUCCCAAUACGCUGGUUGCAUCAAUGUUCAAGUUUCCUGAUAACGAGGACAUCCAGACUGCCGCAUUGGGUUGCGUUGUGGAUUUGUCGUUUGAUGAAGGACAUGAUCAAGCAAAGACAUUUGUGGAUCUUGGAGCGGCGGAGGCAACCGUGAAUGCCAUGCUGAACUUUUCCAACUCCAACUCACAGGAACUCAUCAGACGUGGCAUGGGGGUUCUCUUGAACCCUGUGCGGUUUGCGACCCGGAGCAAGAAGAAAAAGGCUCGUGCGGCGUUCCGAGCACCGGCGCCUGUAGUCCAAGACCGUCACGGGCUCUACGUACCAGACUUGUCUGGCCUUGCAGAAAACAUCCGAAAUAUGUUCCUGGGCAACUGUGUGUGUGUUUUGCAUGCCGUGAAGCAUAUGAUUUGUGUGAUUGGCAGCAAGCAAAAGCAAGCCAUUACACGCAUCACACAUCGGUUUGUCGCGGAUAUGCAAGGCAUCAAGAUGAUUGUCACGGCCAUGGGCAGGUUUAGUCCCGAUCCCAACCUGUGUGAUAGCGCUUGCAGGAUCCUUUGCAACAUUGCAAAGUCCAAGUGUUUCUACCCCGACCUCGAGAAAGAAGGGGCCCUCGAGGCAGUGGAAACAGCGGCGCAGAAGAAUCCCCACCAUGAGGACAUCCAGGAGUGGAAAAACGAUUUGGCGAAGAAGCUUCGAUCUCCCAAGAAGCGCUCAGCCAAGAAGCGCUCAGACAAGAAACGAUCGGCCAAAAAACAAAGGUUGGCGUAGCUGUUGGCGUUGAAGAGUGACAAAGAAGACGUUGAAGAAGAUUGGUAUCAAAAGUGACUCUUGAGAGUUAGGCUCCUCAUUGUGUUGGAUACCUAGCAUGGCGUAUCUGUUGUCGCUGUGCUGUGCUCCGUCGGACGUUGGACACCACCAUGGCGCUGCUCCAUUGUAUUUAUUUGUUGCUGCUCCAUGCUCCAUGCUCCAUUAUUUUUCAUUUUUCGAUUUUGUCUUUUUUGAAUCGAAUCGGAAGCAUGACUGAGUCAAUCCUAACUUUACGUGAAAAGUAUAUUCAUUUUUACGUAAAUAGUGACAAAAAUUUAUACUUAUACCCUUCGAAUAGCCCUACUAGCCAUUAGAUACCAU